AUGGCGAGCGACAGUCAAGAAACUCAGGUUGGACCACAGAUUGAACACUCUCUAACAAAAUCCCAUCGCCUGGAUUUUGGCUUUCUCCCUAUUCCUCGUUCAUGUCGUCCGUCGGUGACUGGAGAGCUCCCAUAUUUUGGCUACACAAAAACGAUAGCAUUCGGAACUGCGAGUACAUUCAGUAAGUACUAUAUAUGUUGCGUUCUCCACUCUUCUGCUUAUCGCACGAACAACUUUCCAGCAGUGAUGAAUUUAUACUACAACCAGCCUAUCUUGCUUGAGCUCGCCAAAGCCUUUCGAGUGGACGACGAAGGGGUAUCGAAAAUUCCCACUCUUCUUCAGGCAGGGUAUGCGUCGGGUUUGCUGCUCCUCUCCCCGCUGGGUGACCUUAUUAAGCGUCGUCCACUUAUCCUUUUGUUGAUUGCAACGUCUGGUUCCCUGACAAUCGGUCUCGCGCUUACUCGCUCCUUGAUUGUUUUCGAAGUGCUGUGUUUCUUGAUUGCCUUUGCGUCCGUCCUCAUCCCGUUGGCAGCAGAUCUUGCACCAGCCAACCGACGAGCAACGUUCAUGUCGAUAGUGUUCAGUGGUCUCCUUCUGGGUGUCCUCCUAGCACGUUUGCUUUCGGGAAUAAUUGCUCAAUUUUCGAGUUACCGCAACAUAUUUUGGAUGGGAGCAGCAGCACAAUACGCCCUGCUCGGUGUGCUUUAUUUUAUCACGCCUUCAACGCCCGCGAAAAAUCCGCACUUGACAUACUUUGCGAUCAUGCGUUCGAUGGCCAAGUUUCUGAUAACAGAGCCAGCGCUGAUUCAAGGCUGUCUCAUCUUCUUCUGUAAUUCGGCCAUAUUCAGCGGCUUCUGGGUGACCUUGACGUUCUUAUUGGGAGGACCGCCGUACAACUAUUCAACAAUUGUUAUCGGCCUGUUUGCACUGGUGGGUAUGGUCGGAAUAUGCAUGGCCCCCGUUGCAGGACGCGUCGUUGAUGGGAUGGUGCCUUGGACUACAUCGCUGGUGGGAAUGUCGCUUUUGGUUGUCUCGCAGAUCUUGCAGACAUUUGCUGGCCAACGGACUAUUGCUGCAGUGGUCAUAUCAACAAUUCUACUCGAUAUCGGGAUCCAAAGCACGCAAGUGUCGAUGACCGCGACAAUAUUCAGUAUGGCUCCAGAGGCUCGUGCGCGGCUCAACGCCCUAUUAAUUCUUGCCAUAUUCAUCGGACAGGUGGCUGGAACAGCAAUUGGGACGAAAUUAUUCGUUGAACGGGGGUACGAGGUUAGCUCGGGAGUUAGAGUCGCGUUUGGUGGUGCAAGUCUCUUGCUGUUGGUGAUGAGGGGGCCGCAUGUGCGAAGGUCAACAUGGGUCGGCUGGGAAGGCGGUACAGACUUGCGGAAGCCCAAGGAAGUCGUUGUUGAACCAAAAACAAAUGGAUAA